AACAAAAUGGCGUUUGGUAGGAGACGACGUUACUGGGGUUUGUUAUAGUGCUUUUUUUUCAUAAACAGCGCGUACACGUACACAUAUGUGCUUUUUGAUAAGAGUAAACGUCGUUAAUAAUUGUUUAGGUCUGGAUAUGUUAGUUUAAGCGCACCUCGUUGCUGCCCGUACUAGCUUAACUUGCUAGUUAGCUUAGCUAGUUAGCUGCUAACGAAUAGACGCGGUUUUAUCAACACAUCGCUAAGCAGAGAUCAAGUGUGAUUGUGUGAAAAGGUGCGAAAUAACGAAAGCAGAGUACGAGGAGGAACUUUGUCCAACAAAAGAGGAGAAGGAGCGACAACAUCUAGUUUUUGUUGGCGCGCUAAUUAGCUUAGCGUGCUAGUUAGCUUAGCUUGUUAGCUGCUAACAAAGAGAGGCGGAAGUGAUCAAAACACAUCGCUAAGCAGAGAUCAAGUGUGAGUGUAAAGUGUUGUGAUUGUGUGAAAAUGUGGGAAAGAACGACAGCAGAGUACGAGGAGGAACUUUCUGGAACCAAACUACUGGACGCUGUUGCUAAGAAACAUCAAGUUGUGUCACACAGAACAGACGUCCAGCAGACCCCCCACAUUAAAGAGGAAGAGGAGGAAGUGUGGAUCACCCAGGUGGGAGAGUGUCUUCCAGGGCAGGAGGAGGCUGAUCUCACCAAGUUUCCACUGACUGUUGUCUCUGUGAAGACCGAAGAGCAUGAAGACAAACCACCUGAGUCCUCACAGCGUCAUCACAGUCCAAACGUCUGGGAAGAACAUCUUCUCCCUGAGCAGCAAGGGCGGCGCUUCAGGAUGGAGCAGGAGGGGCCACAGCCCUCCCGCAUCAAAGAGGAAGAUGAGGCGCCACAGUCCCUGCACAUUAAAGAGGAAGAAGAGAGCCCACUGACCCCCCACGUUAAAGUAGAAGAGGAGGCCCCGCAGCCCCCUCACAUUAAAGACGAAGAGGAGGAACACAGCAUCAGUCAGGAGUUCCCAGUGAUUGUUGUCACUCAACUUGUUGUUGAGCAUCUUGAAGGACUGGAGGAGGUUGAUGUCACCAAGAUGCCAGUGACUGGUGUGACUGUGAAGAGUGAAGAUGAUGAUGAACAUCUUCCUGAGCAGCAGAAGUGGAGCUUCAGGAUGGCGACGGAGGAGCCACAUCCCUCCCACAUUAAGGAGGAAGAUGCGGAGCUACAGACCCUGCACAUUAAAAAGGAAGAGGAGGAACACAGCAUCAGUCAGGAGGGAGAGCAUCUUGAAUGUUUGGAGGAGUUCCCAGUGACUGGUGUCCCUGUGAAGAGUGAAGGUGAUGAGGUCAAAGGUGAAAGUGAGGAGAAGAGAGAGGCGGAGCCUCCAAGCAGCAGCUCAACUCAACACAUGACAACAGAAGCUGAUGGAGACCACUGUGGAGGAUCACAAGCAGACAAGCUCUUAGCUCCACUAUCAGAUAGUGAGGACACAACGUCACACUCUCCUGACACUGAUGAUGAACACUCUAAAGAUGAUAAGACACGUCACACUGACAACACACGCGUCAAAUGUUCCCACUGUGACAAAAACUUUAGAUACCCGUGUCAUCUGAAAAUACACAUGAGAAAACACCUGCGAAAACACACCAAAGAAAGACCAUUCGCGUGCUCAGUUUGCAGUGGGAGAUUCACUACGAAGUCCAGUUUGGAAACGCACAAAUCGGUGCACACUGGAGAAAAACCUUUUAUCUGUUCAGUCUGCUCGAAGGGUUUUAGACUGAGAAAUGAGUGGAAAUUACACACGAAGAUGCACACAAGAGAGAAAGUGUUUAGUUGCAGUGCGUGUGGUGAAAGAUUCUUUACCAAGGGUAUGAGACACAAGUGUGCUGGUAAAAACAGCCGCAGUAGGGGGGGCAACGUGGCUCGGAUACUACCGCGGCCGUGCCAGCCGACCCAGGGUUGCUGGUUCGUAACAAGCUUCCGUCAUCCGAGUCACGGCUGUAGUGUCCUUCUUCCCAGUGCCCCAACUAUGUACGCAACCGCUGGGCCCCUGAUGCUCUCAGUGUCGGGGGUGAACUCGUCCUCUUGCCGGUGAAACUAAAAGCUCCAGUCCAUGAGGAGGACCUGAUGUUUAAUUUGCUCAACAGCAUCAGCAGAUGACAUUUGUUCGAGACUUUUUCUGUGACAUUCUAACACCAUGUAACACGUGUGACAUCAUUGUUGUGUGUCUAACACAAGCUUGGUACUAUACUUCUAACAUUUAUAGCAGUGGUGGGCCGGUUAAAGAUAAAAGUAUUGUUUUAUUGACUUUCCCUAAAUAUCAAAGUAUUCAUAUUCUCUUCAUGUCAUAUUAUGCUCCUUCCAGUGCUGUUGUUUAUAGGUUAGAGUUGUUGUCCAAUCAGAAUUCUGCUAGCUUAUGUUGCCAUGCUCUAUGAAAUCUACCCGAGGCCUUCAGAAUCAACAAUGUCUGUGCACUGUCGGUGAACGGACACAAACAUUUGACGGACAGUUGCGACAGCCAAUCAGAUCACGAGUUGUCAGUAAGACCUUCUACACUAUAUUGCCAAAAGUAUUUGGCCACCCAUCCAAAUGAGGUGUCCUAAUCACUUGGCCCGGUGUAUCAAAUCCAGCACUUAGGCAUGGAGACUGUUUCUACAAACGUGUGAAAGAAUGGGCCGCUCUCAGUGAUUUCCAGCGUGGAACUGUCACAGGAUUCCACCUGUGCAACAAAUCCAGUCGUGAAAUGUCCUCGCUCCUAAAUAUUCCCAAGUCAACUUUAUUACAAGAAAAGUGAAGAGUUUGGGAACAACAGCAACUCAGCCAAGAAGGGACAGAGAGGGGCCAGCGGAUGCUGAAGCGCAUAGUGCACAGUCAGUUGCUACAGAGCUCCAAACUUCAUGUACCCUUCCAGUUAGCCCACGUACAGUACGCAGAGAGCUUCAUGGAAUGGGUUUCCAUGGCCGGGCAGCUGCAUCUAAGCCAUACAUCACCAAGUCAUCACUUUUUCCAUCUGGCAAUCUGAUGGACCAGUCUGGGUUCGGAGGUUGCCAGGAGAACGUGACAUUUCAGACUGCAUCGUGCCGAGUGUGAAAUUUGGUGGAGGAGGAAUUAUUGGUUGGUUUUUCAGGAGUUGGGCUUGGCCCCUUGGUUCCAGUGAAAGGAACUUUGAAUGCUCCAGGAUACCAAAACAUUUUGGACAAUUCCCUGGGAUGGCACUUCAAGUUCAUAUGUGAGUAAGGGCAGGUGGCCGAAUACUUUUGGCAAUAUAGUGUAUAUUGUGAUGUUAUGACCUAGGCAACUUAAGAACUACAUUACCCAGCAUGCCACAGUGGUGAAGAGCAUGCGCAGUAGCCCCAUUUAGCUGUAGAUGUUUUUGAUGAGCACGCUGUGGAGUAAACUUUUAAGACAACACGCCUGGUCUGCAUCUUUUAUGAUUAGACUAGACAACACAUCUAUUUGCAAGGCCAUUUUCAAGAAGGAUAUUUAAAGAGAAACCACAUCUUGUGAGACCAUGUCGGCCAACCCCGGAAGCUCGGAUGGGGUUCUACAAAUUGUGAGUUCAGAUAUUGUAUUUCUUAAUUUUUUCACGUUCAAUAUGUUUUUUGCAUUUUUAAUUUUGACAGUACCACAUAAGAUGUGUUUUAAUUGCUGAUGCGGGUUUAUUGACUUUUAAAUGUGCCAGAAAACAACCCGUUUUGUACACUGUUGAUGUGUUCAAUGC